AUGGCCGUGUACUUUAAGUUAGUCCUUGAAGAAAUAAGGGUCGAAACUUUCGCAGACAAGUACUCAUACUUUACAUCUGAAAUCAAUCUCCUGCAAUUAAUCCCUACUUCACUUGUGUUUGCUUUCAAGGUGGCUGCUUGGAUAGAAGCGAAAGAAAAUGAACCAAGUUGUGCACUACAAGAGUGGGACGCAUGCUUUAUUGAAGAUCCUGAUUACUCAGAUUCUGAAUUGUCUAAGUCAAUUGGACGCUGGGAGACUGAGAUUGUCUCAUUAGAAGAAUCACUAGAGAAUGUACCACCUGUUGAAGACAUCAAUGAGCAGCUAGAGACAGUAGUAUCUGACUUGAGGAAAGUGUCAAGUAAUCUGAAUAGAAUAAUGACAGAACGAGAACGAAUACGAAGUGAUGAGGAGUCGGUAAAAAGGCAGCUUGAUAAUUAUAAGCGGCAAAUUCAGCGACUUGAAGAUACUCGAAAUCAAAGAGAAGAAGAAAUGAGAAAGUGCAGUCAACACACGUAUGAUGCUUUGCAGUGGCUCCGUGCAAAUCAAUAUAGAUUCAAAGAGAUGGUGAUAGAACCAACAAUGCUUGUGGUAACUGUUAAGGAUCCAGCAAAAGCAAAGUUUGUAGAAGCUGCAAUCCCAUUCAGAGAUAUGACAUCGUUUGUCUGCCAGAAUACUGAGGAUCUUCAUCUCUUUGUACAAGAGACACGUGAAAGGCAAGGAUUGAAAAUAAAUGCUGUUCAACCUCCAGCUGAAGAUUUAUCUGACUUUAAGCCAAAGAAGAAGCUUAUUGAUUUGAAGAAAUUUGGGUUUCAAUCAUAUUUGAUUGAUCUCAUAGAAGCUCCCAAUGCUGUGCUUCGUUAUCUGUGCAAGACUUGCUAUAUACACGACACUCCACUUGGAAACGAUCAAACAGAUAUGAAUGUCAGUUGUGUUGCUGACCAAUCGGGUCUAAUUCGAUUUUUUACUCCUACUUCAUCGUGUUCUGUGAAACAGUCAAAGUACGGCUUACAUGACAAGUCAACUAGAAUCAGCAGAGUGAGAAGUGCUCGAUUCCUCGAUGUUCAAAUGGACAUGGAACGACAUCGUGAAUUACUGCAGCAAUGUCAAGAAUUGAGACAAGAGAGUCAGCAACAUGGUGACAGAGAUCGAAAGUUGCAAGUUGAUGAGGAGGGAUUAAGAAAGCAAGAAAGUGAUCUAAGGCAGCAAAAGAAAGACUUGUCAACCAAGAAAGGAUUGAAAAAGAAAGUGGAAAUGGACAUACAAACAAGAAGAAAACGAAUUGAGGAAUCCAACACUCAGGAUGCAAUUGACUUAAAGAGAGAGGAACUAAAGAUGAGACAGUCAAUGCGAAAGAUAAAUGAGAAACGAGUACAGUUGGCUGCCUUGUUGCAAGGAAUCAUGGAGGACUGUCGUGAUGUGGUUUUGAAACGCAUUCGAUUGGCUUUUCGCCAUGCUCAAUUAGCCAAUGAAAGUGAAAUGCUGCAAGCUGCCCAAAGAGAUGCUAUUUCAACAUUGAAAGAUGCCGAGGAUGCUACCAGUGAUGGCGUCUCACUAGCGACAGGCUCAAAGUUAGACAGCUCCACCUAUUCUGCGGCUUUAUUUUUGUUGUCUUCCAAGCCUUUCUCCAGAUCACCAGUAUCUACUUCAUACGAUACUGCAGGUUCUACGCACACAGAUCGUUUCAAACGGUCAUGCAAUGACGAUUCUGGAGGCUGACGUAACUGUAAACAAUGUUGUUUUGCUCGCUAACGAUCGGACUUCAUG